UGUAAUUUAUUCUUUUCUUCCCCUAAAAGCUUUCGCCCAUUUCCUGUUUUCGUGAGCUUCAAAGAAAGCUUAUGGUUCUAGUCUUGUUCACAAUCCAUUACUUUCUCUAGGAGAAAGAUAGAAGAGCAGAAUAUUUAAGGGAAUUUGCAGAAUGCAGAAUGUAAUCAAGGAAAAGAGAGUGAGAUUUUGCGAUCCUCAAACGGAGCAAUCCAAGAAAGCUACCGAAACAAGCCCACCAUUUCAACAAUUAGAUUCCUUCAUGGGAGAUUAUUUAGGUAACAAGGUGCAGGACUGGUUGCAGAAGCAGUUUCCUGGGCCAAUCAAAGAUGAUUAUGAUCCGAAACAGAGUGAGUUAGCAGUGGCGGUUGCAGCAGCAGCAUAUUCCAUUUGCACACUGGAAGAAGCUGAAACAAGGCACAGAAGAAAGGUGAGAGAGGAGCUUGAAUUGUCAAGGACAAAGUCAAAGAGUGUAAAAGAAGAUACCGUAACUAGGCUGCCAAGUUCUGCUAGACUAACCAGAGGUCUCUCCAGCAAAGACCAGAGAAAAGCAGGUGAAACUUCUUUUAGAAAUUUGGCAGAGGUGGAAAGAAAGCAACACGAAAGUGCUAUACCAAUCAGCAGGCCAAGUCAUUCAUCCACUGUAAGAACUAUGAGCACUGAGGAGAGAAACCAAAAGCAGCAGGCAAGACACAAGAAUGUGGAAACAAGAGCUGAUGCUUGGGAGAAAGAACAAAUAGAAAAGAUCAAUAAACGGUAUGAAAAAAUGAGAUCUUCAAUUCUUGCUUGGGAGAAUGAGAGGAAGAUGCAAACCAAGCUCAAAAUGGAAAAGAAAAAGAUCGAAUUGGAGCACAAAAGGGCUUUGAACCAACAGCACUACCAGAACAAAAUAGCAAGAAUUGAGCGUAUUGCCGGAGGAGCUAAAGCACAAGUAGAGGAAGAAAGAAGAAACAAGGAGCAUGAGAUAAAACAAAAGGCAAGAAUGAUUAGAUCAAAAGGAAAGUUUCCUGUCACGUGUUUCUGCUGUUAAACGGGCAGGAAACAAUGACUGAUUUAUGAACUUUGAAACAACUUGUACAAGUUACACCAAUGUAUGUAAUAUGCAUAUUUCCACAAUGGGGAAAGGAUUUUAUCUCUUUUAAGCAAUUCAAUGU